AUGGAUCCGAAUAACAACCGUCCGCACCUGAAUUUCGGGUACAACGAUCGGGCGUACAAUUCAGCCAACAAUCGCGCAUAUCCCACCACGCCCUCCGCCUUCCCGCAGCCGAUCUACCAGAACCAGAGCCCUCAGGACUACAUGGACGCCCAGAGCCUGCAGAACGGAGCGUAUGGCCAAGGAUACUACAUGAACAACCCCUACCCUCAGCAGGCGACCUAUGCUCAACCUCACUAUGGCCAACAUGCCCUACAGUCCCCACAGCCCACCUACCAGACACGCUUGGGAUACAGUACCAAUGACGGUACCAACGGGCUGGUCCAGCAGUUCUCGAAUCAGGACCUGAAUGCGAACCGUUCGGGUCUCAUGGGCCGCUCGGCCUCGCCGGGGCAGCGUCCUCGGACCGCGGGCGGCUCUCCUGCCCCCCCCGGUCAGCAGGCCGGGCAUCUGGUUCCUCCCAUGCCGCGCAGCCCCAGAACCGUCCCUGAGGGCGAGGAACUGCAGCGGUUCCCAGAACGUUACUCGGAGAAUGUUCAUAAGCGCGGCAAAGCGGCCAAGGAACUGGUAAACGUCUUCUUCCAUGAGAACAUCGAGCGAGCGCGGGAUCGCAACAUGCGGUCUACCGAACUCGACAAGUUGAUCCGUGACCCCAGCGUCCCCGUGGACAAGAAGCGUCAGGAUGCUGAGGCCACUGCCAGAAGGGAGUCGACCUUCCUCCGGUUCCUGAGAACCAAAGAGACCCCGGCCAAUUUCCAGACGAUCAAGGUCAUCGGCAAGGGUGCCUUCGGUGAGGUCAAACUGGUGCAGAGAAAGACAGACGGGAAGAUCUACGCUUUGAAGUCGUUAAUCAAGUCGGAGAUGUUCAAGAAAGACCAGCUGGCCCAUGUUCGCGCCGAGCGUGACAUUCUGGCAGACUCCAAGGAUAACCCAUGGCUCGUGAAGCUGCACGCCUCAUUUCAGGAUAACGCUUACCUCUAUCUGCUGAUGGAGUUUUUGCCUGGCGGUGAUCUAAUGACCAUGCUUAUCAAAUAUGAAAUUUUCUCGGAGGAUAUUACACGAUUCUACAUGGCAGAGAUUGUCAUGGCCAUUGAAGCGGUUCACAAGCUAGGCUUCCUCCAUCGUGACAUAAAACCUGACAACAUCUUGCUUGACCGAGGUGGUCAUAUCAAGCUUACCGAUUUCGGUCUUUCGACAGGCGGCAAAAAGACACACGACAAUGCGUACUAUCAAAACCUUCUCAAGAACUCGACAUCAAAGGACAAGAACCGCAACUCUGGCUACUUCAGCGAUGCGAUCAACCUUACUGUAUCGAACCGUGGACAGAUCAAUACCUGGAGAAAGUCUCGGAGAGCCAUGGCCUACUCGACGGUCGGCACUCCAGACUACAUCGCCCCGGAAAUCUUCAAUGGUCAAGGCUACACAUACUUAUGCGAUUGGUGGUCAGUUGGCGCCAUCAUGUUCGAAUGUCUGGUGGGCUGGCCUCCCUUCUGCGCUGAGGACACGACCGACACCUACCGGAAGAUUGUGAACUGGCGCGAAUGUCUCUAUUUCCCUGAGGAGCUUACCCUGUCGCGUGAUUCCGAGCAUCUCAUUCGCAGCUUUUUGUGUGAUGCAGAGCACCGUAUCGGCAGUGAGGGUGGCCAACACGGCGGUGCUACACAGAUCAAAAACCACCCCUUCUUCCGCGGCGUGGUCUGGGAGCAACUGCGCAGGAUCCGUGCUCCGUUCGAGCCCAAGCUCAGCUCGAAUGUGGAUGUAUCAUACUUCCCCAUUGAUGAGAUUCCGCAAGAGGAUACCAGCGCCAUCCACCGCGCGCAGGCUCGUGCCAUGCCAGAUGAACAGGAGGCUGAGAUGAGUCUGCCCUUCAUUGGCUACACCUACAAGGCAUUCAAUGCAUUCCAGAACAAUUAG